UAUGGCUUUGAGUAGCAAAAUAACAUCCACGUGCAGAAAACUAUUUGUGUCACGUUUUUCGAACUCUUUUAUAAGUAUUGCUCCAAAAAAUAUGGGAUCGAAAGCUGAAAACCAAUCCGGAGAUGGUUGUGGAAGUAAUUCAACUUCAACAAUAGGUACUCACAGCGGCACAUUUCAUUGUGAUGAAGUUCUGGCGUGCUUCAUGUUGAAACAAUUGGCUGAAUAUGAAAACGCGGAGAUAUUGAGAUCAAGAAACGAUGAAGAACUGCAGAAGAAGUGCAGCAUAAUUGUUGAUGUAGGUAAUGUGUUUAAUCAUGAACGUAAAUUGUAUGACCAUCACCAGGCAUCAUUUCAAGAAACUCUAAGUAGUCUACGUCCAGAGUUAGGUGAUAAAUAUAAAAUAAGAUUAAGUAGUGCUGGCCUUAUAUAUAAUUACUACGGCGAACGUGUCAUUGACAGUAUUUUGAAGAAACAUGGCAUCGACUUGUCCGACGAAAAUCUAAGAUUGGCUUAUAUUCAAGUCUAUCAGAAUUUCAUAAACGAAAUUGAUGCUAUUGACAAUGGUGUGCCUCUAUGCCCCGACGGGCAAGAACCUUUGUACUUAAUUGGCACUCAUAUUUCGGCCCGCGUAGGCAAACUCAAUUUGUCUUGGGAUGAUGAAACGGGUGACUGUCAAGAUGAUCGGUUUCGUCAAGCCAUGUGUGUCGUUGGCAAUGAAUUUGUAGAAAAAAUUUUAUAUAUCGGAAGAUCUUGGAUUAGGGCGCGGGAAUAUGUUCGAAACGCUUUAGAAAAUGCUACGAAAGUUUACGAGAGUGGCGAAAUCUUGUUAUUAGAAAGGACUUGCCCGUGGAAACAACACUUAUUUGACUUGGAACAGGAAUGCGAUAUUGAGGGCAGAUCAAAGUUAGUAAUCUUUGAGGAUCCUCUAGACAAAAGUUGGAGAGUAGCGGGCGUUCCGGUUACGCCCCAAAGUUUUUUGGGUCGCCAAUUUUUACCUAAAGAAUGGUGUGGACUUAGAAACGACGAUCUCUUCCAAGCCGCGGGUGUGAAAGAUUUACUGUUUGUUCAUAGCACCGGUUUUAUAGGCGGCGCAAAGAACAAGGAAGCCGCUUUAGCAAUGGCUAUUAAGAGCUUGCAAUGGCCAAGAAACAAUGAAACAAAAGAAAAAAAAUGUUGAUCGAUAUUGAGGAAAAAAAGUUUUCUUUUUUAAAGGACAUGGAUGCAGAGUGAAUAAAACGUUCAAAAUUUUUAUAGAAAACGUGACGAGUGAAAUUUAUUUUCUUUCGAUGAAUCGUAAGGUUUUCUUUAGUCUUGAACUUUGAAAUGUAACGGCCGUUAUCAUCAUCAUUCUCGUACCUUUGCCUCUCAAAAAAAAAAAUACUAAAAAUUUAUAUGUGCUUUCUGGAAGCUUAACAAUUGACUAUGACCAGCUGGUAUAGGGUACAGAAAAUUGUCCAAUAUUAUAUCCACAAUAGCGCCGUUUCCCACUGAAAAAU